AUGUCGGAGAUAAGCGUUACAAAAAAAAUAUAUCCCGGAGAUUUUAUAAAAAAUCCCUUAGAAAACUCUUUUUCCAAUAUCGGUGUUAAUGUGAAGGCAAUAGAAACAUUGGCCCCUUCUAAUGUGGAAUUAUCGAGAAAUAAGUCUUCUAUCGCUAUUCAUGAAAGAGAUAAAUGGGAUGGAAAGUUAGAUUUCUUGAUGUCUUGCAUAGGAUAUGCGGCGGGUCUGGGAAACGUGUGGAGAUUUCCAGCUAUGGCGGGAAAAAAUGGAGGAGGUGCAUUUUUGGUGCCCUACUUUAUUAUGCUUUUAAUCGUUGGAAUACCACUAUUCUAUAUUGAAAUAUCUCAAGGACAGUUCGCGAGUUUGGGACCCAUAAAAAUAUGGAGAGUAGUCCCUUUAGCUGAAGGUAUCGGAUACGGCAUGGUUUUUAUAACUUCUCUAGUAAAUAUGUACUAUAACGUUAUCGUUACCUGGAUUAUUUAUUACUUUUUCGCAUCCAUGCAGGCUAAACUACCUUGGACUGAUUGUGAGAAGCCUUGGAAUACACCUAAUUGUUUUUCUUAUAAGGAUUAUGGAAACAGCGUUAAAUGCAAAACACAAAAUGGUACAUACUACUUACAUCAAUGCUUUAAGGAUAAUAGCACAUAUUAUAAUACAUUAGUGAAUAAGACAAAACGAAUAUCACCUUCCGAAGAAUAUUUUUACAAAAAAAUGCUUCAGUCCCCUAAUUCAAUCGAGAAGUUCGAAGGAAUAAAUUGGGACAUAUUAUUGACUCUUCUUCUAUCAUGGUUAAUCGUUUUUUUAAUCAUGAUUCAUGGAAUUAAAUCUUCCGGAAAGGUUGUUUAUUUCACAGCCCUUUUCCCCUAUUUCGUAUUGAUUAUCUUAGUUAUAAAGGGAGCUACUUUAGAAGGUGCCAUAGAUGGUAUUAAAUUUUAUAUAGUGCCUAAAUGGAGGCGUUUAUUGGAUCUUCAGGUAUGGACAGAGGCUGCAGGACAAAUGUUUUUCUCCCUCUCAUGCGCCAUGGGUGGACUACACGCUCUUUCAAGUUAUAACAAAUUUGACAACAACGUGCUAAGAGACACCUGGAUAGUUACAUUAUCAAAUUCCUUCACUAGCAUAUUUGCUGGGUUCGCUAUUUUCUCAGUAAUUGGGAACAUGUCUAUGAUCAAAAAUAUACCAGUAGAAGAUAUAGCCGCUUCUGGAACUGGCUUAGCGUUCAUAGCUUAUCCUGAAGCUCUAUUGUAUUUACCAUUGCCGCCAAUUUGGUCUCUCAUAUUUUUCUUCAUGUUAUUUCUCCUAGGAAUAGAUAGUCAAUCCGCUGGGGUUGAAACAGUUACUACUGCACUAUUUGACUCCCUCAACAUUCACAAUAUUGGGAAAUGGAAAAAAUCGGGAAUAACCUUAAUUAUAUGCGUCGGAUUCUUCAUAUUGUCAAUACCUUUAGUGUCUAGGACGGGGAUAUAUUGGGUCGAGUUAUUAAACAGUUCUGCCACAGAUUGGGGUUUAAUACUGAUAGCGUUAAUGGAGGGUGUAGCAAUAUCCUACAUAUACGGUAUCAACAAUCUAAUAUACGAUAUCGAAAUGAUGAUUGGAACUAAACCAAAAUAUACAUGGUUAUAUUGGAAGAUUGUCUGGGCUAUAUUUCCACUCAUCAUGGCGACAUUAUUCGUUCUAUCUUGGUUCAAUAUGGUUCCUUUGGCCAUCAACAAUUAUGUUUACCCUAAAUGGGCUGACACCUUUGGCGUGAUCUUAGCUGGAAUACCAGUUUUGUUCGUGCCCAUACUUUUUACCAAAAACUAUUACGCGUUGAAAGAUCGAACUACGAGAACGUUUCUAGAAAAUGUACGUAUAUUAAGUCAACCAAGAGAUAAUUGGGGACCAGAACUUGCUGUCAAUAGAACAGGAAAAUACAAACCAUUAGGCAUAUUACAAAACUAA